AUGAACAAAACAUGUUAUAAUUACCGCUGUUUAUCAUCGCUACAAAUACCAAUAAGAUUAUACAAUGUCAAGACCAUCAAAUCCCACAAUAAUAACGCAGGUUUGGUAAAGAGAGAAAUCCAUAACAAUAAAAGACUAUUGUCCAAAAAUUAUUCAAAGUUGCAAAAAAACACAUUUUCAAACGAACCGUUUUUAUCACUGACCUCCCUUAAAGAUGAUAGAAAGUUAAAGUUUCUCUCAUUCAAAAAUUUGUUUAUUUUUAUUUGUGUUUUAAGUUUUGCCAUGUACAAUAUCAAUGAUACAUUCCAUGAUUUAUUAAGACAUAUAUUUCUCACUUUGAGAAGGAUAGGUGUGGUAACACAAGCUACAGCGCGUUGUCUUUACAACUACAAGAAAACGUUAGAUAAAACAUAUCCUAAUGAAGAAACAAAAUACAAAGAGUUGAGUAAAUGUCACCAAAAAUGCGCAGAAAUCACAUUGCAAGCUUUAGAAUCCAACGGUGGUAUUUAUAUUAAAUUGGGACAGCACAUUGGUGCUAUGACUUAUCUAUUACCAUUUGAAUGGACAAACACGAUGAUUCCAUUGCAGGAUAAAUGCCCUAAGAGUAAUAUUGAUCAGAUCAAUGAUAUGUUUGAGCAAGAUUUGAAAUUAGGCUUAAAGGAUGUUUUUUCGGAAUUCAAUCCCGAACCAAUUGGCGUGGCUUCUUUAGCACAGGUUCAUAUUGGUGUAUUAAGAGAAAACAACGAAAAAGUUGCUGUUAAAUGCCAACACCCAUCUCUAAAAGAGUUUGUUCCGCUAGAUGUUAUGUUGACGCAAAGUGUCUUUCAACUGUUAGAUUUUGUCUUUCCAGAGUACCCAUUGACCUGGCUAGGUGAUGAAUUGCAAGAUUCUAUAUUCGUUGAAUUAGAUUUUACUAAAGAAGCUCAAAAUGCUAUAAAAACCCAAGAAUACUUUAAAAAUUUUGUUAAACAAACAGCUUUAAGAAUUCCUAGUGUUUUUAAAGCGCAUAAAAGAAUAUUGGUUAUGGAGUAUAUAGGGACCCAUAGGUUGGAUGAUCUAAAGUAUUUAGACGAACACAAUAUUUCAAGGGCAGAGGUUUCAUCUUGUUUGUCUCACAUUUUUAACAAUAUGAUUUUCACGCCAAACGUCGGUAUUCAUUGUGACCCCCAUGGCGGUAAUUUGGGUAUUAGAGCAAUCAAUGAUAUCCAAUCAUACCACAAUUUUGAAAUUAUUUUGUAUGACCACGGUUUGUAUAGAUACCCGACAACUCAAUUAAGAAGGGACUAUGCCAAAUUCUGGUUAGCUUUGUUGGAUCAAGAUCAACAAAAAAUGAAGCUCUAUGCCAAAAAAUUUGCCAAUGUUAAUGACGAGCAAUUCCCGCUUUUUGCCGCCGCUAUAACGGGUCGCAGUAUUGACACUGCCUUACAUUAUGAUAUUACCAAACCCAGGUCUCAACAAGAAAUUGAUGUAAUGAAAAGUAAAAUUGUUGAGGGAAGUUUUUUAGUUGAUUUGAUGAGCAUACUAUCUAGCAUUCCAAGAAUUGUUUUGUUGAUCUUGAAAACCAACGAUCUAACUAGACAUUUAGACGAAUGUCUACAGAAUCCGUUGGGGCCAGAAAGAACAUUCUUGAUUAUGACACAAUAUUGUGCUAAGACAGUUUAUGGGGAGGCCAAAGAAAUUAUAAGUAAGCACUAUAAAAAAUGGUCUCUGACUUGGAUGUGGCAAGAAUUUAAAGCAUGGUUUCAAUACGAAAGAAGAAUAAAACAAUUAAAUUUGUAUGAUUUUUCACUUUGGUUGAAAACUUUGUUAUAA